UGCAAUUGUGGAAGAACGAGAAAGCGUGCGCAUGUGAGAGAGACUCAGAGACUACUAGAUAGAGAGAGAGGGAUAUAGUGAGAGAGUGAGAGAGACAGACAGACAGAGAGUGAAGUAAAUAAAGAAAGACAGUAGUGGCGCAGUGCUUCUCUGUCUACUGUAGAUGUACAAUUCUGUUGUCUGUGGAGGCAGUGUGAUACCAGGACUAUACAUUUGCUGUCUCACCCAAUUGUCUCCUAUCAGCUGGAUUUACUCAGAAAAGGACAUCAAUGACCAUUGGACCAUAUACUUGUUCACAAUAUUGCAGGGACUGAAGGUGGACUUUUAACAAGUGCAGUGACAAUGCAGGAGCAUCUCUCAGUCCAGCACAUGGGCACCAGGAGCACAAAGUUCUCCUAGUAGUGAGGUUUGUCCUGGGCCUCGUCCAGACUACCAUGCCUGACCUCCUGGCCAACCUGAGUGUUCCAUGGGGCACACAGGCGAUUGUGAGCCCCAACCUGACAGCAGCUGCCCUGGUUGUGCCGGGGUCAGACAAGACUCUGGCCCCCUUCUGCACCUUCUGCUGCUGUGGCCUGCUGAACCGUACCCUGGCUGUGGUGUUUAUGGUCAGUCUGGCCUUCGCCAUAGUGGUGGGCAACGUGGUCACGCUCACCGUCUUCAUGCAGACAAGACAGGUCCGUACACCACAGGGAUACCUCAAAGUCUCUCUGGCCAUAGCAGACAUGAUGGUUGGAGUGCUGGUGGUUCCUUUCUCUGUCUACACUGAGAUCUCUCUGAUGGUGACCAGUUCCCCUCCUGUCUGGUACCAGGGGGGCACUGACCCCUCCAUGGGGGGCCUGGUGGGCCCCUGGCAGCCCUGCAUGCUGAUUGGUCCAGUCUUCGCUGGCUGUACAUUUGUCUCCAUCAGUACUAUUUUCCUGAUGACGGUAGAGCGCUGUGUGGCCAUCUUAUGGCCCCUUCAUAAGGACCACCUGGUGACACGGAGACGUACCCUGUUUCUCAUCCUCUUCUCCUGGGCAGGCAGUUUCCUCCUGGCCUUGGCCCCCCUCAUCCUCAGCAACAACUUCACACUGGAGUACAGUGAGUGCAGCCGGAUGUGUAACUACGUCCCCCUGUGGGAUGGAGUCACGCUGCCCUCUGAUGCCAACAUCCUCCUGCUGUUCCCUGUGUUUGACUUCACGCUGCUGGGAGGCACCCUGGUAUUCAACAUCCUGUCCUUCACCAGCAUCCGCCGCUACACACGCAAACGUAAACUCAUGUCAGAGGGGAAUGUAGGGGUCGAGGGAGGGGGAGGCGGCUGCCAACAUAGACCCUCCUUCUCUGACAUCAAGGCUGCCAAGACAAUCAGCAUUCUGACGUUUGCCUUCACGGCUUCCUUCACCCCCAUCGCUGUGUUUGUGCUGGGAAACGUGGUGGGCUUCACCUGGUGCAACUUCUCCUUUGUAGCCUUCUGGAUCCUGACUGGGAACAGCUGCUGUAAUGUGAUAAUAUACAGCGUGAGAGACCAGCGCUUCAAGAAAGGAGUGACUCUGCUUUUUCAGAGGGAGCACUCACCUUCCCAUGGGGAGAAAGGCGGAGCUACACCACCCCCACCUACCUUGUGACUACACCCCAAACCCCACCUCCUCUAUUUUGAAAAGACAACCAGUGCCCUUUUCUUUAAUUUUACUAUGGAGAGAGGGAUUUAAUUGGCAUUUCACUUCAGGUAAAACAACAACAACAAAAAAAUACACAAUUAUGGAAAAUUAAUUGUUUCCAUUUUUUUUCACUGUGUUUAAAUAAUGAAACACAACUGUAGCUAACCUAUGCGGUAUCUAGUAGUUGCCAGUUAUUCCCAGCAUCAUUUAAAUCAUAUGACUCAAGCUGUCUCAUUGGACUAGGUGAGAUAUCUGUGGGGGAUAUCUUAAUAACAUGCACUUUAUCAUAGAGUUGUAAGUAAUGUAUGGUUUUCAUUUGUUUUGUGACAUGUUUUGUGACUAUCCUGAAACGUGUUCAUUUUGCACAAUUUUCUCUAUAACAGCUUUUAUUUUUGCUAUAAUACCAUUAUAUUCAUGAGGAUGGCCUAAUCAAAUGUGAGUGAAUGAAAUGAAUCUAAAUGAAGAGCGAUGUUGAUUUUUUAUGAAGUUAUGGGCAAAUCCACGGGUCCAUGAUCUGUACUGCACAGAAAUGCAUAAUUAUGGAUAUGAAUGUCAUUCUCUUUAAGGUAAUGUAUCCUGAAUAGGUUCACAAAGGUUUACAUAUGCAAUAUCCUCUUUUGCAUAUUCAUGUAUUAUUCUACACACUGGAUAUUAUUUUAAUUAGCUCCGCCCUCAAACAAGACCAAAUGAAAUCUGAACCAAUCAUAGAUGUGUUUGUUUCACAAGUUUAGACAUCAAAGUACAGCAGAGCACAGUAGAGUACAAUACAGCACAGUAGAGUACAAUACAACACAGUAGAGUACAAUACAGCACAGUAGAGUACAAUACAGCACAGUAAAGUAGAAAUCAUUACAGUAGAGUUAUGUACAGUACAGUAGAGUACAAUAAAACACAGUAGAGUAGAAAUCAUUACAGUAGAGUUCUGUACAGUAGAGUACAAUACAACACAGUAGAGUAGAAAUCCGUACAGUAGAGUUCUGUACAGUACAGUACAUUAUAGUGUACUCAACUGUAGUGUGCCCUACUGUGUACUGUACUAAACUCUACUCUACUGUACAGUACUGUACUAAACUAUACUCUACUUUUCUGUACUGUGCUGUGUACUGUGCUGUGCUGUCCAAACUUGUGAACCAAACUGUGAUUUGUGACUACUAUUUCAAGGCACAAGGCAAUGUUUCAUAAACUUACAGAAGGCAGAAACAUUUCUCCAAAGCGAAAUAUGUGUUGAUAUUAGUUGGCAGGGGUCAUUUCUUCAACAUUAUUGUGUUUUGAUGUAUUUCUGACACCAUUUUAAGACUUUUUCUGGUAGUUUUCAAAGACCCCUUUUCCAGAAAUUCAAAGCACUUGCUUAUUCCUAAUUUCUAAGAUGGAAAAUAGUUCAAAACAAAUAUAUAGAGUCUUAGCUUUCAUUUGACACCCAGUUUGACAUGCUCCUAUGACCUUUACAUGUUGGUGUUCAUGGGCCCUUUUACAUGAAAAUGACCUUAUUCAUCUCAUGGAUGCCAGUGUACACAAGGAAAAAUGUAUCUGAAUAAACAUAAAGAAGCAAAAAUGAAUAUGAAACAUAAAUGAAACAUUUAUAAAUUCACUGAAAUGGACAUAACGAUUCAGAUGCCUUAUCUUCUGUUUUGAGGGUGAAUGACUCACAAAGACCAAAUCCUCUGUUUAAUCUGUUCUGUUUAGCGGCUGUAAAGUUACACCAUUAGAGGGGCUACAUUUACCUCUGAAUAUUCUCAUACCACUAUAUGUUGUUUAUAAGAUUAUUAUUAUUAUUCAAGGAAAAACAUGCUCCAGGUAUUUACAGCACUUAUACAAUGUUGAUCGAAUAAAUGCUAAUCAAUUUAUUUAAAUUCAAAUAAUAUCUAACUCGAAAUUACAUGACUAAAGUAAACAUUUUGUAGCAUUUUCAAUAAACAUCACUCAAA